CUUCUCUUUCACGUUAGCCGCUCGAUUUAAUUUUUUGCUAUACUUUGCAUAUUAACGCGCUGGUCAUUGUAGUUUGAUCUAGCAUCCGAUCGUUGUGACAUGAAGCUGCGCGAAUAAAGUCGACAAGUAUUAUUUCAGUGUCGAUCCAAAAACAAUUAAUGGAAUUCAGCGAGAAUACAAUAAGUAACGUUAACCUAAGAAACACACCAUUUAGCUAAGUGCCCGCUAAGUAAACUUCGAAUACCACAUAAAACAUUACGAAUAAGAACCCAAGAAAGCAUUAACAUGUCAGAGUUGCAAGUGUUUACCACCAAUUAUACAACCACGUCGUCGCAAGAUAAGCUUGAGCUUUUUGAGCUACCGCAGAACUAUUCGAUACUCAUUAAUAAGCUGGAGCGUCUGGCACUUGGCCUAGACACGACGUUCAGUAAUCUCUCGUUGGAUCGUAAGGACGUCGAAUUGGCGGUUAGCGGAUCAAAUGAGUUUCUGGACGCCUUUGGUAGUCGUGUGCCACCUUCCCGCGUCAUACAUACGCGCCUUGAGUCCGAUAUACCGGCCGUAGUCAGUGACAUCUGGAUUGGUGUUAUACUGACGUUGCUCAUAGUGUCGGUGAUCUUCUUCAUUUGUUCCUGUUUUCUGUACCACAAAUUCCAGCAAUGGAAGAACUCAUAUCGCACCAAUCCAGAACCAGUUGAAAUUUGUCGACAUUUUCCACCGGACUAUGAGGUGGAGUCGCUUCCAUCGUAUACCAUCGUAUCCGGGCUGCCUACCUAUGAUGAUGCCUUGGAGGAAUUCCGAAAAGCUGGCAUACUUCUUUCUCCUCACAUGCCAGUGGUGAAGAUAUUUGAGAAGGAUGCCUCAGCUGCUGGCAACACAACUAAAGAAGAGCAAAUAUUCAAUAUGGAAAACGGUGCGAACACCGAUAGUGACAACAGUUCUCAUAAUGCGAACACAUUGUACAGCAUACCCUCGUCGCUUGCCCCGCAAGUGAUCGAGCUAUCGCCUGAACAAUUGGCAACUUUGUCACAAAAGCGUCUAUCCUUACAAAUAACCUUCAACAACUCGCUACGUCGCAAUUCGCGGCCACGCGGUGUCGACCUCUAUCGUCAGGUGAAUCGCAAUAAUUUGCUACGAUCGCAAGCUGUUGCCGCCGCUGCAGCUGCUCGAGAAGGUUUUCCACAAAUUCAUCGCUCAUCGUCGACACUGACUUUGCCAAAUGAGCCGCAUAUGUUAGAUCCACGGCUUAUGCAGCACCUGCAGCACCGAGGAUCCCUGUAUUGAUGGUGAUGCUGGUUCGAGGAUUGACAAGGUUGACAAGAGCAUACUUUUUGUGGAAUAUUUUAAUGAAUAAAUAUAAAAAUUAUGUACUUACAAUAUAAAUGUGAAGCUAUGCUGAAUUAAUGAAAAUGUGUACUUUUAAGUGUAAAAAAUUAUCUUUACUAUUAGUAUUUUUAAAUAUACGUAGUAUGUGUAUGUAGGCUUAAUAAAUAAAUAAUGAAUAAAAAUAUAUAAAUAUUAAAAAUAAAAACAGAAAA